AUGGAGAUAAAUGUUUUAGAGUGGUGGAAAGUUAACUCUGGCCAAUAUCCCAUCCUUGCAAACAUUGCAAGAGACGUGCUGGCUAUACCUAUAAGCAUAGUGGCGUCUGAAUCUGCAUUCAGUACAGGAGAAAGAGUGCUUGAUCCAUAUCACAGCUCGUUAACACCUACAACAAUGAUUUGCACCCAGGAUUGGCUCAAAGGAACAUCUUCAUCCUUGAUUAAAAAUGAAGAUUUUGAUACUUUUGAGAGAUUUGAGCAAGAAUUAGUUUAUACAGAAGAUGGUGUUAGUUGUUCAACAUCUUCAACCUCUGUUGCAUUCAAAGAUGGUGAGUAG